UAGGUCGUCGUCAAUGGCGGGCGGCUCUGACGAGUACUACGACGCCCUCAUCCUCAUGAGGAGGGUCGCCGCCGCCGGCGGCAACAGGCUCGCCACCGUGCCGCCGGACUCGGCGGACCCCUUCGCCAGAGGGCCCUGCUCCGCCGACGACUUCAACCGCAACAGCGCGACCAACCAGCUCAAUACCCGCGCCAGGAUGGCCGCGGCUCAGAUGGGCAUCGCGACGCUCUCGGACAUCAGCGGCAUCGACACCCACGCCUUCGACCGCACGGUGCUGGACGCAGGAGACAGGAGGCUCUACUUCCACGUCGCCUACAGCGGCAAGAUGCCGUACAAGACCAAGAGGUUCUUCUUCGCGGAGCUCGUCGGGAACCGCGGGCCAGAGCGGGUCACCAUAGUCAUCAAGCUGCGGGGAGGGAGAAAGCAUUACUACUGCUGCUAAUUGGCCGUCUUUAUUAAUACUACAUGAAUGCUGGCUUGCCGGACUGAAAAAAAUGGGCUAAUUCUCUCUCUCUCUCUUUUUCGUUCUGUUAAUCGAUCUGGACAGAUCACACGGUCAGUAACUGCACCUUCUGCACGGGGAUGUGGCACCCGACUGCCGGCGGCUUUACCGGAUACACGGGCUAGCUAUAUAGAGCUAGCUACCUACUAUGUGUUGCUCCAGCAGGUACUACGUCGUCCACAAAUUGUUAGCAUGUUUAGCACAAAUCUAAGCUAUAUUAUUCACACAUCGAUCUUAAUCGUAUUUUUUUGUUGGAUUGAUAAAUAGGACCAACUAAUAAAGUGCUCGUGCCGGGCUUGUGGAUCAGCUAAAGCUAUGACUAGGGACGGGAAACAGAUAAUUGUUUAGCAUACUCCAUCCGUCCCAUGAAGACUAUUCGUUUAGAAAAUUUCAGAUAUAUUACCAGUAGUGGAAAAUAACUAUAUUACCCUCAAUUAACUAUAGCAUUUGUGAUUGAACACCGUACUGUUUAUUUGAUUCUCUACAUUCUCAAUAAAUGCAAAUGCAUUGCAACCUGAAAAGUAACUUCUACUUACCUUUCUCUAUGCAAUUAUUUCUCGGUAUUUGAUAUUAUUUUAUUUAGAUGAACACUCUUUGUGGAUAAAAUUUAAAGGCUAAACGAACAAUUUUUGUAGGACGGAAGGAGUAGAAAAUUUAAGAAUCAAGCUGGAAAAAAGAAUGCACCGAAUUUUAUACGUUUAUGGUCAUUACCACCACUAGCUACGACUCGAGAGAGGAUUACCAUAAGCUUUUUAUUUAUUUAAAUUCACCGGAUGCAUGGUGUUCCAUCCGAUCCAUAUGUUACUCUUCAGUUUGUUAAAAUUGAAGAACUAGUACUUUGCCCAAGCUAGCAGAGGGUCAGCUAAUGAUAUAGUUAGUUUGUUUGUUGUUUUUCCUGACGUCCAAUUUGAAGAAUUACAAACAUAAUAAUAAUAAUAAUAAUAAUAAUAAUAAUAAUAAUAAUAAUAAUAAUAAUAAUUAAAAAAAAAACGGAGGGAGAGAGAGAUGCACUGGCCGAUGGCUGGGUUCGCACCAUCGGCCACGAGGGCGCACCUGGGGAGGACGACAGUGCCGUGAAAACAAACAGAUUGAUCUAGAUACAUAUUGUGGCUAUUUCAUUCAACGCAGGACAACUCGUACGGCGGAUCCGAAUCAGAAAUUGGGGGAAGA